CAAUUUUUAUUACAACUUGAAACUGUGUCUUAUGUCUUCUUCCUUACACAAAAAGGUUCAUACACAUAUACAUAUGAGCAAAUGCACAUGAAUAAGUUGUUGUUACACAAAAAGAUCAAAAAAUGGCGUUCCGUGGGAAGUACUUCUUCCCAAUACUCAUGGCUCUAUCGCUAUUUCUUAUAAUUAGAUACAACUACAUAGUCUCCGAUGAUCCUCCUCUCCGGCAAGAUCUCCCUGGUCGUGGAUCAUCUUCUUCCGGCGAUGACGUCGUCGUAAAUCCCGUCAAGACUCGGUCAAAGAAGUCAAAGAGACUGUUUCACACGGCGGUGACAGCCACGGACUCGGUGUAUAGCACGUGGCAGUGUCGGAUCAUGUAUUAUUGGUACAACAGGUUCAGGGACGAACCCGGGUCAGAUAUGGGUGGGUAUACUCGGAUCUUGCAUUCGGGUCGACCUGAUGGGCUCAUGGAUGAGAUCCCUACCUUUGUUGCUGACCCUCUUCCCUCCGGUGUUGACAAGGGAUAUGUAGUUCUAAAUAGGCCUUGGGCAUUUGUGCAAUGGCUACAACAAGCACAUAUAGAGGAAGAUUACAUUCUCAUGGCGGAACCUGAUCAUAUCAUAGUUAAACCCAUACCAAACUUAGCCAGAGGCAACCUCGCUGCUGCGUUUCCCUUUUUCUACAUUGAACCGAAGAAAUAUGAAUCUGUUCUCCGCAAAUUCUUCCCCAAAGAGAAUGGAUUGAUAUCAAGAAUUGAUCCCAUUGGUAAUUCACCAGUGAUUGUCACUAAGAAAUCACUGAUGAAAAUUGCUCCAACAUGGAUGAACGUUUCUUUGGCUAUGAAGAAUGACCCACAAACAGAUAAAGCUUUUGGUUGGGUCCUUGAAAUGUAUGCAUAUGCUGUUUCUUCAGCGUUACACGGCGUGAGCAAUAUUCUACACAAAGACUUCAUGAUUCAGCCUCCUUGGGACCCUGAAACAAAGAAUACGUACAUAAUACAUUACACUUAUGGGUGCGAUUUCGAUAUGAAGGGGAAUAUGAUGAUCGGGAAGAUUGGAGAAUGGAGAUUCGAUAAACGAUCUUACGGGAGUAAACCGCCCCCAAGAAAUCUUCCGUUGCCUCCUCGAGGAGUUCCCGAGAGUGUGGUGACAUUGGUGACAAUGAUGAACGAAGCUACGGCUAAUAUUCCCAACUGGGAAUCUUGAAAAUAAAUUCUAAGCAAGAUUCAAUUCCUUUUGACUCUGUUCCAUAGUUUUCUUUACUCGUAUAUUCCAUAUCUAAGUCCAAAAUUUAUGAUAUGGAAAAAAAAAAAAAGUAAAAAAGUAGUAGAGAACUUACGAAGACACUAUCGGUUUAGACAGCAACAAAGUUCGAGUCAUUAUUAAAGAAACGAUAUGACCAUGAAGAGAUAUCCUGUUUGAAAACGAGAGUGAUAUUGACUGCUGUUAUGUUUCAGUUUCACUCUCAUUUUUGUUUUUGAUAUUGCCUGCUGGUAAGUAAAUGGUUUAGCUUACUUAUUAACAAUCAUUUUGAACA